UUGAUGGGUGAUCUUCCGAAGAUUCCGCCGCAAGUCCCUCCUCGGCAUUACUUGGGUGGAGAAGGAGGGUGUUCCUAUUCACUGCCGAAUGUGAACGCCAGUGGUCCGUGUACAGGGCCGGGUAGUCAGGGUGACUGUGCUGUUCGUCAGUACAAACUCUUCACUAUAUUUGACGUUUCAGAGACUUUCCACAACCUUGAGUCCUUUGUAACAGCUGUAACUUCACUAGCCAAUAUGCUCACAUCGAUCCAAAAUGCCGCCUAUAGUACCAUUGCUGCAGUCAUUGGCUUUGCAGAUCAGUACAAUCGUCUGAAGUCACAGAUUUACUCACUCUCUUCGUCAGCAUUAUUUCGAUGGAUUAUCGUUUUAUGGCAAAAAUUCCUCCACAUAUUUCGUUCGAAACAGGAAUUCGACUGUGUUGAAACGGCUUGGUCAGACACAAAUGCAACAAACUCUGAUCGCUCGAGAGACUUAGAACGACACACUGAGUGCCAGUCUAGUUCUGCAACUGUUCUUUUUUGGCUGUUUUUGGUUGCUGGUCCAUAUCUUAUAUACAGAAGCAUAAGCAGUUUAAUACAUUCGUAUGAGGAGUCGAGAAAGUGGUCUACGGGGAAGGCUGAACAUUACUGUGCAGAAGCGUUAUAUGAUUUUCACAGUCAUUAUGAUCAAGAGCUUUCAUUUCACGCUGGGGAAGUUCUGCGAAUUGCCCCAAAAUACCAACAGCCUAAUGUUAAAGGAUGGGUUUUAGGAAGCUCAGGUAGGACUAAGCGCAUUGGGCUUGUGCCGGUAAAUUAUAUUAAAAUGUUGAAGAAAGUUUCUAGCGACGAUGAGGAUCCCGUUCAUUUCUUGCGGUAA